CUGGAAUCUCCUUACAGCAGGGAAGCCGGGGCGCAUGAGAGCGCGGUGACAUCAGGCUCGGGAGCGCGCAGACAGCCAACGCAUGCGCAGAAACAAACAAUAUGGCGGCGCCGGUUUUCAUGGGAUGUGACCCAGGGACGUAAUUUUUCCGAAGACAGCCCUUUUAAUUCGGAGAGUGUCCCGGGAAAUUACCGAACUGAGGGUGUGUGUGUCUAUCAGAGCUUCCAGUUUCCAAUACUCAAAGGCAAAACGAGGUUCAUGCAACAACAGACGACUGAUGCAGAAGUUUUCUCAUGGAAGAAAAAAUCCAGGAUCGACCAUCACUAGCUACUAAGCUACCAAAAUUUGGUGCAACAAAACAGUUGGGCACUUUCUUGCAUCGGACAGCACAGAGUUCACAUACAGGUCUACUUGCAAAAUCAAACCACAUUUCUGUAGAAAAUAAGCACAAUGACCUUGACAGAACAUCAGGAUUUUCUUUAAAUUGGAGCAAGUUAAAGUGUCGGCAAAAUGAACAUACUGAAAAGAAACCUUCCAAUAUUAACACUGAAAAAGUUAAUGAUAAAAGAUUUUCCCAGUCACAGACAGCAGCAGAGAAUGAUGGAUCCAGAUUUCGAGUAACAGCCAAAAACCUGAAACAAAGUAAUAUGUUGGUCACACGAAAACAAGAUCUAAAUGAAAACCAUCUACCUGGACCUCCAAACUCUGGUAGGCUAACAAAAAAUCAUCCCCAGUUUGGUAGGACUAUCUUUUCCAGCUUUAAUGCUUUAAAAUCACAAGUCAAUGGUUAUUACAGCAAUAAGCCCCCAACUGGUUUAAUGAGGCCACGGGCAAAUUCUGCUACAACUAGAAAUUUUUCUAAUAAUAUUGUUGCACAAUCUGCUGACAGCAAGAAGCCUUACUCAAGUGUGAGAAGAUCACAAAGCUUUUCAGAUUCAAUUCCAAAUUCUUUGCUCCCAUCAACACACAUGACAAGGUCUCAUUCUUUUAGCAGAGAAGUAGAUCUGUCAGGUCCAUUUGAAACACAUCAAGUACCUGUAAGAACAUCCCUCAAACCAGCCUUACUGUCAAGGACUGCAAGGCACUAUGAGCUGCCUAAUGGCAGCGAGUCCCAAAUAAAGUAUGGUUUUACAAGGACAUGCUCAGUAGGUCCUGCCUCUGGUUUAAGGAAAACUAGCUUAUCUAAUGGAUCUGACCAAAUUGUUCCUUCAGGAUACAAAAGAACUCGCCCUUCUCUUUUAAAACCCAACAGAAGCCAUUUGGCGAUGGAUUUAAUCACUGAUAGUACAAAAAUGUCUUCUCACAUUUCUUCAGUAACCGAGAACACUGGAACAGGGCCAAGUAGAACUGGGGAAUCAACAGAUGAACAACAUGAAAACAAACUGAAAGGGAGAGAUUUUGUUAUUGAUAAUUAUGUUCUUUGUGACAACCUUGAAAAAACAGACAGUAAAGACAGUUAUUUUGGUGACGAUAUAGAUGAACUCUCCAUAUCAUCUUUGUCCUCCUCUGAAAAGAAUGAUCUGACUGAAGAUUUCAGUGAUGAAUUUAUAGAUCUAGAAGAGGGAAAUAAAACAUCUGUUGAUUCAGAAAAAGAUCUGAUAAAAAAAUCAUCUGCUGAAUUGCCAGAAAAUAAAGAAUCUAACUUCAGAAAAACAGAUGACUGGAUUGGAAUGAAUAUAACAGUUAGUCCUUACAAAGAGAAGAGGAUUUCACCAGAUAUGGGUUAUAGAGAUCCAUCUUCUUUGGAACUUUCCCCUUCUGAUAGUUCUGGUGGCACAUACAUGUGGGAUGAAGAAGGAAUGGAGCCCAUUGGAAAUAUUCAUCCAUGCGGAAGCUAUGAAUCUUCAGAGAUGAACAGUCUGGACAUUUUAAAUAACCUAGAUUCUUGCGAUUUGGAAGAUGAUGAUCUCAUGCUGGAUGUUGAUCUGCCAGAGGACACCCCUUUUGACAUUGGGAAAGUGGAAAAUAUGAGUCAUUUUGAAAGAGCAGAAAGGAGUUUAAGGCAACCACAACAGGCCUUCUGGAAAAGAGCAGUCCAGAGUCUUAAUGGACAGGAACAGUACCACCUGAGCAAUGCAGACAACUAUCAAAAUAGCAGAGGACCUUACCUGGAGUCUGCAACUGAUCCAAGAGAAAGCUGUGGUAGUGCAGGCAUUUACUCUCAAUCUCCUAGAUGUGUACAAAUGAUGGGAUUGCGUGAGAACACCGUGAUGCUUGAUGAAUUUACCCUGCGACACAUGGUCCAAGACUGCACCGCAGUAAAAACUCAGUUAUUAAAGUUGAAACGAUUACUCCAGCAGGAAGAUGAUUCAGGAUCCCUGUCAGACAUACAACUGUCUGUACCAUCAACACCAGAGCCACAAGAAACUGAAACGCUAUGGAAGACUGAAGACCUGCUAAAUGAGAUCCGACAGCUUAAAGAAGAAUCCAAGAAAAAAGAUGAAAAAAUCAAACAAUUAGAAAUUCAGCUGAAAACACCAUGCAAAUGUCAGAAGGAUAGCCAACAGGCAAAAGGAGAAAAGCCUAAGCAAUGCGAAAAAUAUACUCAGACCACUUGGAAGAGGAAUUCAGUGAGUAAACCUCAAGUACUACAGUGUUCCAGCCACAGCCCCAGUUCUUCAGAUAUCCUCACGGGAAAAUCAACACAAGCACAUCAAGAGGACCCCAGAAAACAUGGAGAACUGAUCCAGAACCCAUGCAGUGAGAAUGGGGAUAAAGUUAGCAUCUCCAAUGUUCCUGAAAAUGAACUGAGUGCCUUACUGAGUACUCAGUUAAAAAUCACUGAUGUAGAAGGCAGUCCCAAAGAGUCUACAAACACAGAUAAGCAUGCUCAAAAUCCUGGACCGCUUGAUAAAAAACAGUUGCAGGAUAAAAAGCUUAAUUGUAAUAUUCUGCCAUCAGUAGCAGUGGAUGCAAAAAGAAAUCUUCAGUCCAGAUCAGUUACUAAACCCACGUCUUCAUCAUUGCCUGGGCAAAUUCCAAGACCAACGACUUUACACCUUCUAAAGCCCAAACUGCACACAGCUGUUGCAAGUCAAGGGACUGUUAAUUCUGAAAUACAUCUAGCUUCUACCAGUCACUCCCCAUUACAGUCACCAAAUUCUUCCCAGCCCGUGGUACAAGAAAUCCAGCAGCCAGUUAAUCAUGACCAUUCUGUAGGUGAAGACAGUGUACAUGAUUCACCUGAUACAGCCUCAAGCAAACUACAAAAAACAUGUGUUAAGGCAAACCAAAAUCAUUUAUUGCAGAGUAAUCCAGGCUCCAGACCCCAACAUCCUAUAAUGCCCACUUGUAUAUCAAAACUGGCAACCCAUCGGCAAGUACCAGCAGUUGAAUAUUCUCAGCAGCCACACAAACAAAUUUCCAAAGGAUCCAUACUAAGGCCACCAAGUAGUUUUGCUUCUAAACUUAAGAAACCAAGUAGUCCUAAGCCUGAUAUUGUACACUUGGCAACUGCUUCACAUGAAUCUCCUAAAUCCCCUUGCAAAAUCACAUCGUCAGUAAUUCCCAGGCCAUCUUCUAAAAAAGAAACUCUACAGGAAGCUGUGGAUAGUGCAGCUUUGAAACGGCAAUCACGUCUCCCUCAGCCAAAGACCCGUUAAACAAUAUCUCUACAGGUUGACAAAUCUAACAUGGUGUAUUUAAAUAUUUUAAUGCGAUAAUUUACUAAGAUGUUGUUUUUGUUAGGAUUUUCAUCAAAUUUCAUGGGUUUGAUUGUCUUUCAUAUAUAUAUAUAUAUAUAUAUAUGCGGCCUGGGUUAAAUCCAGUGACUUUUCUUUCCACCAUUGCAUGGUUACACAAUGUUAUGGGACUUUUAAUUACCUCAAUUGGUCUAUAAGUUUUCAUUCUUCAAGGUGUAAUAUACCUGUAUAUGUGUGGACCCUGAUCAUUCAUUUAUUUUGUGAGGACUUCCCAAGGUGAAUGCAUUGGUAUUUUUCAGUACUGAAAGACAACAGACACCAUUUACUUGCGCAGUUUAUUAACAUUAAUAUAAUUAUUCAUCUCUGCUUGCUGGUAAUAACUGCGUGGUUUUUCUUUCAAUAAUUGGCACAAUUGCUUUUAUUUCCAAGAAAGAAUAAUGUAUACUAAUAUAUAAUAUGGAUCAUAUAUUUAUAAGUAAUGUAUAUUUAAUGUCACCAUAAUUUUUCUGAGAGAUGCAAGUAUAUAUGACAUAUUUAAUUAUUUGAUGACAAUAAUUGUAUUUAUUUAAACUUCUCAGAAUUGCUUAAAGAUGAAUAGCAUUUUGCACAUUGCCCAGUUUCAUCUGGUUUUCAAAAGUCUUUUAUCCAUACUAAGAAAAAUAGCUAAAAAAGCAUUCAAAUAGAAGAAUCUAGCAUGCUUCCCCUGGUGGUAGCUAUUUUUUUUAAUCCUAGAAUUUGGGACCAAAAUAAUUGCUAUGCUGGGGACUUGAGAAUGUAGACAGUAUGGUCAAAAGAUAGCAAUGAAACGGUUGCAUAGAACGCAUAUAUUCUUAUAUGUUUUUAUUUUUGUUAUGCAUCUUGCAUCAUGGGAUGCUUUUUUUUUUUUAGAUAAUAUGGAAAUAAUUUAUUUUCAGUUGAUUACUGUUGUACCAGGAAAUAAAAAUUAAGUUAUUUUGAAAUCUUUCUGCAGGCCAUGUGGUCAAGUCAUAGAUUUUUUUUCCCCGCAAGAACAUUCAACAAUAUAAUAUAUGUAGGUUUUGUUAUUCAGUCCUUUUUUAUAUUUCCUGCCAUAGGGUAUGUGUUAUGGAACUUAAAUAAUAAUGUCAAAAAUACCUGUGCUAGUAUAGCUAGAAUAACCUCCAUCUUAAUUGUACAGAUAUGGUAUUUGUUAUUUAGAAACCCAUUAUCCAGGAGGGUUGGAAAAAACUGUCAAAUGCUAUUUACCAUUUACUCCUGUAAAAAGAAGACAACGCCUUGUACUAGAGUAACACUAGCCCAACAUAUAUCCAUAUUAAUGGAAGGACAAGUAUAUUGGAAGUUAAUCAUUUUUGGAAAUCAUCCUUACCCCUUUUACCCCUGCUGAUAUUAAUUCUAAAAUUCCCAAGUCUCCUCCUGUAUUAUUUUCUGAAUCCGGUUAUUCUGUAAUACCAGGGAAGCCCCUGAAUAGUUUUGAAGUGUGAUUUUCCACUAUAUUUUAGUGUAUUGAAAUUGAAAUGCAGUCUAAUGGUUUUCUCCUGCACCAUAUUUCAUCUGUAGUGAACAGAUAAGAAAAGAGAAACAGAAAAAGUGAAAGAGAAAACAUCAAAAUAUAUUUUAAACUAUGAAUAACCUUAACAAUAAACUGCAUUUACAUGACCUCUAAUGCAUUUUUCUGUAGUGGAAAUCUACGAAGCAUUAUAUUACUUUUUUUGAAUUGCUGCUCCUUUAAGAGCUCUGUCUACAGUAUUUUAAAAAUCCAAUUUAAAUUAAUUAAUUUAAUAGAGUACUGUCACUAUUUGGCUAUAUAUAAUUGACUUUUAAUCAUUCUUUGACAUCCCUGAAGUACUUAAAAGAUUGUUCUCUUCGAAACCACAAAAUAAAAGCCAAAAUGUCAGAAGAAAUGAAACUUGUUUUUGGUAAAACUCAAAGAGGUCAGAGACAAAACAUCACCUACCUCACAACCAUUCUGAACAUUAGCUUUUGUGCUCCUAAUUAUUACACUGGUUAGCAAAUGUAAUGCACAAAAUAGGAAACCGGAAAUGUUUAUUCAUGCAGUGCUGAGCUGCUCAACUUAGGGAAAAUUUGUUCCCGCCCCAAAUUAUAUUCAAUCCUCCUAUUUUCAUGGUGGAAAAGUUUGGGAUGGCUUCUUUUGGUGUUAAAUGGUACCUACCCAUUGAUGAAACCUUUUGUUAUGUGCAGCCAAAUAGAUAUUUACAACUUCUCUCAUCUGAUAUGUGGAAUACAGAACAGUGAGGGCAAUAACUUGCAGGGGGUACAGCAAGGUAUGGGAGCUUACUUGUUAUAUUAUAAUUGAGACACUUCUAUAUAUUUAACAGUGGUGCAUUUUUUUGCAAUUACAUGUUCAAUUCCACGAACAUUUAAAAGCCUAGUAAUUUUAUGAACAAAUUUUAUGGGAGUUAUAAGGAAAAUUAUCACAGAAAUAUGAACAGGUUAUGUAUAAAAAUAUUUUCUUGUGCGUUUACGCUCAUCUUAAGGAUAUAUGAACUGGUUAGUUCUAAUAGCUUGAUUUUUGUUAGCAAAAGAUGCAAGUCUUUAUUUCAUACCAUUUCUUCAUUUAAUAUUUUAGGAUCAAUUACUUCUUUCUCUUAAUAUUCCAUUUAACCAAAAUACCAGUAACAACAUUUGUGUUCUUGCAACUCUGAUUCUUAUUCUCUUUACAAUAUUUUCUUAGAAAACAAUGAGGUGUACAAAGGAAAACCUAUUAGUCCAAGACAGUAUUAAUACACUUGUUUAAAAUAUCCAAAAUAUUGAAAUGUUUUGAACCUAACAUUUUUCAUUGAUUGGCAUUAAAGACCCGGUUUCCUUUUAACGAUAUCACAUUAGAACUAUUAUACCAAAAACAUUUUUAAAAAAAAAUCAAACACUUGUUUUUUAUGUGUGUUGUGUGUUUUAUUGUUUCACUUAUUCACUGACAUGCUCCUCCUAACUUGAACACUUGUUGUUAGUCACUUCUCAUUUUCACCCAGUUUUAGAAGGAAACUUGAUUCUUAAUUAAAGCAGUAUUUUGUUAAGUUUAUUCACCUUUCAGUGUAAAUUGUAUAGCCCCGGCACAUAGAGAGCUCUAGUUUACCUUUAAGUUUAUACUGGCUCCUUGUUUUUGGGGUGCUUGAUUUUUUUAAACAGAGAUUUGCUGUUUUUACAUGAUAAUAUUGAGAAAGCUGAAACAAAUUCCCAACUUCUCCUGCACAUGAGCAUAAUAACAACAAUUGUACUAAACGAGAAAGCACUUUCUUAUGUUUUUAUUUGCAAUAUAAUCUGUAACUUGUGGGGACUGAGUGUGGCAUCACCUAACGCUGAAAUAUGUUUGUGGCUUUUAGCAAAAGCCUGCUCUAAUUUAUAGUAAAUUGUUGUUGGACAUUUGAACUUUGUUGUUUACUUUGGCAUUGCAAAGUAAAUAAGGAUUGGGAUGGAAAGUAGAGAUGAGAAGGUAAUGGAAAGUUAAUUGUUACAGAGUAAAAUAAACAUUUCAAAGAAAGCUUUUGCCUUCUAAAUUGUUCCAAUGUGGAUCGUCCUAUAUGUUUCACAAGGAGGAUGUUAUAAAAAGGGUAAAAUAUCACUUUUGGGGGUCAAAUAUUUUUUCACCCUGUCUUCAACAUAUGAAUAUGUUUUUCAAACUGCAGUUUAUAAAGGAACAUGUCUCCUGAACAAAAGUGCUUAGGUUCUAGGUACAGUUUUAUGCAUUCUUCAAUGUGCAACAGUUACGAAUUAGAAUUCAGUUAAAAGAAUGCCUGGAUAUAAGAACUGAGAGAUACCUAGAGAUAGGGGCCCUUGUAUUAAUAUUGAUAUUGGUUUGAUCCCAUAUUUGUAUACUUCAUUUGGACCAUGAUGCAUUUACGUUCUUGAAAUGCUUGAUGGAUUAUAUUCAUAAUAGUAGAAUAGAUAACAUCAUUAACAAUAAAGUAAUAUAUUUAAUUUUUAAACAAAUAGCAAUAUGCUUGGCAAGUGCUUUUCUGGUGCAAGUAACUUUUUUUUAUUGCGGAUAAACAAAUAAAUCCAUACAAAAUGAUGAAAACCUUGGCAAACCCAAAGCAUACUAGCUACAAAGUAAUCCAAACUGAUUUAAUGCUAUCACACAUUAUAACAAUACAUUUGUACCUAAUGGCAGUUUAGCCUAAUAAUUAUGAGGUCCCCCCGUUCACAUUUUUGGCUAAUGCUGCAUUGCACUAAUGCAUUGUCAAACCCAGAUUAUGAGGCAAUGUUGUAUUUGCUCUUGGAAUUACAUUAACAUGGUUGCUACUUUGAUUUUUAAAAAUAGGGUAAGGAAAGUGUUGUAUAAUUGAGUGCCUUCAUUUGGUUGCUUAUCUCAUAUACUUUUGAAUACAUCUAAUAUGGUACUGUUAAUAUGUUCAUUGGAAAAGUUGAAUUGAUUUUGCUACCAUAACAUGUCCGACAGGAUACUUUUGCCUCUUAAAGGGGAACUAAAGCUAAAUCAAGGUAGUAGAGCAGAAAUGUUGUACAUUAUUAUGGGCUUCUGUGUCAGCCCAAGGCAACAACAGCAAUUUUAAUAGUAGCUCCCCAUCUUCUUUUCUGAUAAGUUAUCUGUUGUAUAUACAACAAUAUAUAAAUUGUUUGCAAAAUACAUUUAAUAAUCAUCCCUGUAGCAUCAGCUACAGUAAGCACAUUUUCGGCUUGAGGAUUUGCAGCGACCCCUAAGCUUAGUUUCUCAACAGCUGCUCAGAGCACAUUGAGCGUGUGCAGUGUCACUGACACUCCUUUGAAGGCCUAGAAUAUCAUUAUUCUUAUAGAGAUGCUAAUACUGUAGGCUUGUUCAGUAUAUAAAAUUUCAUAUUUAGCCAUAUUAAUUCUUAGGCUUUAGUUCUCCUUUAAGAGUCUAAUCAUACAUGACUGUUGGUUAUGUAAUUAUGCCCGGAUAUCCUUUAUCUUUCUAAUGACUUGUUGCAGCAACAAAAUUAUUCAGCAUUACUGCAUCCUAGUAGGUUUAAAGGACUUUUCUCUGAUAUUAUAUGCCGACCUAGUACUGAUAAGUAUUUAGAGUAGGAGAAUAGUGUUAACUUAUUAAGCAUGCCUUUCCCACUCAUUUUAGGCUACUCUAAAAGCUACUGAAACCAUCCGUUCCUAUAUUAUAUACUGUGCAAUACCUUUUUAAAGUCAAAUACUACUGUACCUUCAGAGUGUUAGAAAGAUAAUAAAUGAAGAUGAUAAUACACAAGGAAACAAAAUGCACUUUAUAUGAGCUUUAUUGCUUGGAGUUGUGCCUAAAAUUAUCAACUUGCCUCCUGUUAUUUGGCUUUCUUUCCAUGUAUAAAUAAAAAACGUUUUUUUGUAA